AUGUAUGAAAGACAUAAAAUAGCACUGAGAAAUCUGAAAAAUGCAAACCUGCUGGGAAUCAAAAUACACGAUCUUGUAUAUUAUCAAAAUAUUUUAACAAUAUGCACUGAACGUGUUUCACAUCUACCAGAUGUAUACGAACAAAUGCUUCUUGAAUUAAUCCAGCUAUGCAAUAAAUCAUUUUUGAAAACUCUAAGUUCAGAUGAAACAAAUUAUUUUGAGAUAGCUGUGAAUUUUUGGAAUCAUUUUGGAUAUAUUUUACAAUUGAAAAAUAUUGAACUUUGUACAGCUGUUUGUUGUGCAUUAGAACAAUUCUAUUUCAGGGAGAAUCAAUUGAAUAAUGAUUUAGCUGAAGAAUACAAAGUACAACCAACUACAAAAAAAUUCAAUCAGAAAGUUGUAUGUCAUAGUGAUAUCAUUGAAUCUUUAUUAAAAUGUUACUGUGAAUUAGAUCAAAGCGAAAAUCUUUAUUCAACAUUACUGAGAUUAAUGGAUAAAUUAACAAAACAUUCUGAAAUUUGUUCAAAUAAAAUCGUAUCAAAAUUAGGCGCUCAAUUCAUUUGUAAUCGAUUAGCGUUGCCAAUUUUAUCAAAUGAAAUGAUAUCACGAUCUAUAUCAAUUCUAUGGAAUUUAAUUGAUAAUAUAACCAAUGAUACAAUGAAAAUAGAUUGGGUGAAACAAAUUGGAAGUGAAGAUUGUCUACUGAAACUUCGUGAUAUAUUUUUUACAUUAUUGGCACAAAGUCAUUCAAAAUUUUGUCGUCAUUUACGUAAUGAUGUAUUGACAAUAAUUUUGUUGAUUGUAAAAUAUGCCAAUAUCUAUGGACUAUUAAAAGAAAUACAUAUUGUACAAUCUGGUUUAAUACGUAGACUAGUACAUUUAUUAACAUUUGAUGAAUUCAAAUGUAUGAAUCCAUUAUUUAAAAAUUUGAAAUUAUUACCGAAUGAUGAAAAUUUCGAUAUGAAACGUUUGAUUAUUUCAAUAUUUGUUGAAUUAUGCCAUGACUCAUCAGCAAUUUAUACUAUGUCUACAUCAGGUUUAAUUAAAAGUUUAUUUCAAUGGAUAUGUCCAAUUAUUCAACCGAAUUCACCACAAUAUGAACAAAUGAAAAUCGAACAAAAACCCAAUCAACAAACACAAUUAUUUAAUGCAACAGAAUAUACUACUGUAACUAAUACAAGUAAUAUAAUAUCACCAUGUUUACCUGCAAAAAAUUGUAAUUCCAUUGCAUCAGAGAAUAAUGCUACCGUUGAGUGUGAUAACAAUCAGAAUAAUAGUAAUAAUCGCAGUCAAACACUAUCAGUUAACAAAUUAUCGGAAAAUGUCAAUCUGAAAAAGGAUAAUUUAAAAAUGAAACAAAAAAGUUUAUCAAAUCCUACAAUGAAACAACAAUCCUUCGAUUUAUAUCAAUAUCCGAAUAAUCAAUAUUCUAGCGGAAAUAAACAAGAAAUUGAUUUUCUAUGUAAAUGGCCACAAGCCUAUUUAGAAGAAUUACACUUGUAUAUGCUUGAUUCACUGACUACAUUAGCACCGUAUUUAUUGAAUGAUUGUGUCACUUAUGGAAUUCCAUCAAGAUUAAUAAUUUUAUUACAAUGGUGUAUAAGUCCAGAACCAUUUCUUGGACAAGGAAAUAGUUUUCACGGUGUUGGUGGUCGAAAUAGUAAACGAGCACAAUUACGCUAUUCAUUGCGAUUGGUAAGAUGUCUCAUUGAAUCCAAUGAUGAACGUAUCAUUACGGAAUUCGUCUGUCAAGGUCUUAUUCAAUUUCUAGUACCAUUAAUCUGUCCAAUAUCAUCAAGAGUAAAACUAGAACGACCACAUGAUGAAUUAUUUAAAUUUGCAAAUCAAACAUUUCAUGAAAAACAUCGAGCCAGGGAAACUACUGAUCAAACUAUCGAAACAGAAUAUCAACAUUAUUUAAAACAAUCACAAGAUUCUAUGGAAGAAGAUCUGGUAGGAUUAGAAAUGCAAUGUGAUAUAUUACUUAUAUUAUCAAAAUUAUGCAAUAAAGAAGUUGAAAGAAAACAAAUGAUUGGCACAGAAGGAAUUAAUGCAAUUAAUCUAUUAAUAAAACAAUUAUCAAAACGUUUUGCCAUUAUUGAUUUUGUUCAAUAUCGAUUGAUGAUUCAAUCAAAUCAAAAUCCAAUUGAACAUUUAUCCAACCAAUGGAUUAUUUUACAUCGUGAACCAUUAAUUAAAUUAGCUUAUGCAUUAAUUGAAGCUGUAUGGGGUUGUAUUAUUGGUUCAAAUGAUUGUGAAGAUUAUUUCUUGUUAAAAAAUGGUGCUACACAUUUACUUUAUUUAUUAGAGUGGUAUCCACUUGAAUCAAUCAAUCAACUCUUAGGUUGUUUAGUAGAUUUAACAGAAAAUCCUAAAUGUUUACCAUAUUUAUCGUGUUGGUCAGGAAUUCAUCCAUUGAAUAAUGAUGAUGAAGAUGGCGAGGAAGAGAAUCGUUUGGCAUUGAAUUACCACCCUAAUAUGAACCAUAACAACCGAAUGAAACAACAAUUAAGUCAUUUAGAAUUAACCACUUCAUUAUUGAUUAAAUCACCUGAUCUUGCUGUAUCGACUAGAUUGCAUAAAAUUAUUGCAAACACUAACAAACAUACUAUUACUCAUAGAGAUAAUAAUGAUAAUAAUAAUAAUAAUCAAGUACACUCGAGUAUGUCAAAUGAUCAAGAUAUAAAAUCUCUAGAUACAUUUAAACAAAACUCCAUUAAUCCUUGUAAAACAGACGAAGUUGAUCCUGAUGCUGCUGAUGCUGCUGCUGACGAUGAUGAUGAUGCUGAUGCUGAAGAUGAUGAAGAGGAAUCUGUUAAUAUUUGGUUAAAUGGACCUGGUUUAGCGCAAUUACUUUGUUACAUAUGGAGAUGGGAUGAGAAACGAUUGAAACAGAUUGAAAGUCAACAAAAACAAUGUCAUCAAGAGUUAUUAACAUGUAUAUCUGAAUGGUGUAAAAAACAAACAGUCAAUGUCCAAUGUCAACAGCAAAAAAUAUUGAAUUCUAUACAAGCUGCUGAACUGCGUAAAGAACAACAGUAUUAUUCAUCAAUAAGAAAAAUUAUACGUAAUCAUGAAUAUGCAAUGGAAAAUUAUCAUGACUAUUUAGCAAGAACAUCAAAUUAUGCAUACCUUAAAGAAGCUCAUCAGAAACAAUUGUCCUUGAUUAAUGCAUCACGUAUUGGACAAUUAAAUGAUUCAAAAAAAUCUUCAACUGAUACAAAUGUUCAGUUCAAAAAUCAAUUAAGUAAAUGUAAAAGUCAUGAUAAAGGAUAUAGUGUAUAUCAUAAAACAGAUAUUGAUAAAUUGAAUGUGACAGCUUUCUGUUCACAAACAAUUCAUAUUGAUUCAACACCAAAACAUUUAUUUCAACAUCCAAAUGAAUUAGAAAAAGAAUUAAUCGAAUUAGUAGAAACCAGAGAACAAUCACAAUUGAAUAAUACUGACAGUAGCAGUGAUGAUGAUGAUGAUGAUGAAAAGAGAGAUUAA